CAGGGGACUCUCCCACGGAAACGAAUAAAAAGAAGAGAGAGAAAGUGAACAAAGCAAAGCCAGAGCUUAACGUUUUAGAGAGAGAAAGAACCCAAAGAAAAAGUAUCGAAGAUUCAUUUGUUCAUGGAAGUGAGGGUUUUCGCCAGUUGAUCUUGCUUAAAGCAACCGUUAAUCUUAUUUUGGUUGAAUUUUCAAAAUAGCUACUAAUCUUUUGACAUAUUUAGUUCAUUAUUUUUUGUAAUCAAAACCCUAAUUUUGGGAGCUACAUGCAUCGUUUGCUAUAGUUCAGUCCAAGCAGCAAUUCUUCCAGUGAGUUUUGACUUCGCGAAUAGCGAAGAAAUUGUCUAUGGGUGCCCAGGAGAAAUCCCCCAGCGCCAACAAUUCGAUGCAGCGUGUUAAGGUUUAUCGGCUGAAUGAUGAUGGUAAAUGGGAUGACCAAGGAACCGGGCAUGUUACUGUUGAUUAUUUACAGAGAUCGGAAGAGUUAGGUUUAUUUGUUAUUAGUGAAGAAGAUGAUGAAACAUUACUUGUGCACCGGAUAAGCUCAGAUGACAUCUACCGCAAACAAGAAGAUACAAUCAUUUCUUGGAGGGAUCCUGAGCAUGCAACAGAAUUGGCCCUUAGCUUUCAAGAAACAACUGGUUGCUCUUACAUUUGGGACAACAUUUGUAAUGUGCAAAGGAACAUGCACUUUAAUACCUUGAGCAAUGAGACAUACCAUAAUGUCAAUAGUGAAUUGCGGGAGUUGCCUCCAGUUGAGCUGUCUACACUACCUUUAAUACUAAAGAUUAUAGUUGAAAGUGGGAUUGCUGAUCAGUUGCGUGUUACAGAUCUCAUACUACAUGAUCUAGAAUUUAUUAGGAAGCUUAUGGAUCUCUUCAGGAUUUGUGAAGAUUUGGAUAACAUUGAUGGCCUUCACAUGGUUUUCAAAAUAGUCCGAGGAAUUAUUUUGCUGAAUAGCACGCAGAUCUAUGAUAGAAUUUUUGGUGAUGAAUACAUUAUGGAUAUAAUUGGAUGCCUUGAAUAUGAUCCUGAUGUACCUCAUGUUCAUCAUCGGAAUUUCCUUAAAGAGAAUGUGGUUUUUAAGGAGGCCAUACCUAUUAAGGAUCCAGUGGUUCUUUCAAAGAUUCAUCAGACGUACAGAGUUGGUUAUCUCAAGGAUGUCAUUCUGCCUAGAGUAUUGGAUGAGGCUACGGUUGCAAGCCUUAAUUCCAUAAUUCAUUCAAAUAAUGCAACUGUUGUCUCGUUGUUAAAGGAUGACAACACCUUCAUUCAAGAAUUAUUUGCAAGAUUGAAGUCAUCUUCAACUUCUGCAGAAUCUAAAAAAAAUUUGGUACUCUUCUUGCAUGAGUUUUGUUCCCUAAGUAAGAGCUUACAGAUGGUGCACCAACUUCGGCUAUAUCGGGAUCUGGUUAAUGAAGGCAUACUUGAGAUCAUAGCUGAUAUCCUGCAGAGUCAAGAUAAAAAGCUCAUAUUAACUGGGACAGACAUCCUCAUUCUUUUCUUAAAUCAGGAUCCAAACCUUUUGCGCUCUUAUGUAACUCGGCAGGAAGGGAUCCCUCUUUUUGGGCUUUUGGUGAAUGGUAUGCUUACAGAUUUUGGAGAUGACAUGCAUUGUCAAUUUCUUGAAAUUCUUCGUAAUCUUUUGGAUUCGUAUACAUCAGGAUCACAGAGAGAGUCUAUCAUCGACAUCUUCUAUGAGAAGCACUUGGGUCAUUUGAUUGAUGUCAUAACAUCCUCAUGCCCACCUAAUAGCGCUGCUCAAGCUGUCAGUAAAUCUGGGAGAUCAGAUGAAGAAAGUGGAAAUCAAAUUAGUGUCAAGCCAGAAAUAUUAUUAAACAUUUGUGAUCUGCUAUGCUUUUGCGUUUUGCACCACCCGUAUAGAAUAAAGUGUAACUUUCUUCUCAAUAGUGUGAUUGAUAAAGUUUUGCUUCUGACACACCGAAGAGAAAAGUACCUCGUAGUAGCUGCUGUUAGAUUUAUUAGAACUCUUAUUUCACGCAAUGACGAAAAUCUGUUGUCUCAUAUUGUGAAGAAUAACCUGUUGAAACCAAUUGUUGAUGCUUUUGUUAGUAAUGGCAGUCGUUAUAAUCUGCUCAAUUCUGCCGUUCUGGAACUUUUUGAGUAUAUCAGAAAGGAGAACCUGAAGACAUUGUUGAAGUACUUAGUUGAUUCUUUCUGGGAACAGUUAGCCCAAUUUGAUAAUUUGCCAUCAAUACGUUCGCUGAAGGUUAAAUAUGAACAGGCGCUUGAAAGUGCUGGAUUGAGAAGUAACACUAAUGUGUUAGACCCCAGAAAACGAAUUGACGAUCGUGCUCUUGAGAAGGAAGAGGAAGAUUAUUUCAAUGACGACAGUGAUGAAGAAGAUUCAGCAUCAGCAUCUAUGCCAAGUAGAAAGAGAGCACAAUCCCAACCCAAUUUGCCUAAUGGUUCUGCUACAACCUAUCCUUCUACGAGAUCUGGUGGGCUAGUUGACUAUGAUGAUGAUGAAGAUGAUGAAGAUUACAAACCACCAUCAAGAAAACGGGCAGAUAAUUCUGGUGAAGAUGAUGAAGUAGAAUCAUUCCGGUUGAAACGCAAAUUGGCUACCAAGGAUGAGCCUGAACCUAAAAAGCUGCAGCGAUCACAUAAAAGCUCAAAGCCAAAUGAAGGUGUAUUUGCUGCCUUGUGCUCGACCCUAAGUCAGGCUGUAUUACCCGGUAAGAAAACAAUCAGCACUGCUCCUGAUAUUCUCCGAACAGAUGGAGGCAAGAAUCCAGUUGAAACAAAUCAUGAAGAAAAGGGGGGGCAUAAAGGCUCUUCUGACCAGGGGAAGAGCUCAGAUGUGGACAAUCUUGCUGACCAAGAAGAAGUUUCUCCUAGGUGCUUUACAGAUGGCUUGUGUGGUUCUCCGGAUAACGGACAACAUGGAGAUGAUGGUCCAUUGAUACCGAAGGCAUCACCAGAGAUGGCUGUAAAUGGAUCUUGAAAUACAUCUUUUUGCUUCCUUUUGUGCUCACUGCCUACAUGAUUGGUGGAAUUGGCGCCAAUGGUCUAUUGGCUUUGGGCGUUCGACUAACAGACAGGAACCGGCGAAAACCAUUCCAUCAACACUCAAGAGAGGAUAUUGUACAGUGCCAUUAUUUAGGUGUUAAGAAAUCAUCCUUCUUUCCUAGUGUUUUUUCCUUUACAUUUUAUUUGACUUAUUGGUUCUUUUGUAAACAUUUGUUAGCUAUAGUUUUCCCUUGUUUUUAUUAUUUUUGGAAGCACAUAAUUUUGACUUUUUAUGCUUUUUAAUUAUGUAGCACUUAUAGGGCAAUAAAAUUGCCCUGCACGGGUGUCCCCUAAUCUUGCAAGAUACGGUAGGUGUAGGUGCACUCGAGAGAGGAUGGGUUAAAGCUAAUUUUUCAGUUUCACAUCCGUGUAAUAUGUAGUUUGCCGAAGUUCCCCCCUUUUUUUCUUGGGGAGGAAAUAGUUUUGUAUGAACUUGUACAUUAUAAUCUUUACUUGCUGGAAAAUUGAAA